UACACAAAUUCGCGACUUGGUGGGCGCGUUCAGGUUUGUCGCGUCGCGUCGCUCGUAUACUGUAGACGGAGCGGAGGAUGUGUUGGAUGUGAAACUCUCACCCCGACUGUCACCGACAAACACCGUGGGACGGAGGAAUUUGCUAUACCACACCACAAAGGCUUUUGCACUGCUUUUGAUACACCGCCGCGUCACAGGUCAAUCUCGCGUUUCGCGGAGCUGGAAAAUAUGCGUAAACUAUUGACAGCGGUAAAAUAAGCGUUGCGCUAUCACCAGCGGUUGAGUACUCACAAAUGUCAUGCACUGUUCAAGAGCCUUUGCCUUCUGUGGCAUUCAGCGGACUUUAUAACAACCAACAUGAAGCAGACGGGUACAGUUAAAACGCUUUGCCUGUCCUAAAGAACUGUUAAACUUGUUGAAAUAUUUGUAAACAUGGAAGAGGCAGGCGAUGCGAACGGUACUGGGACGCAAGGCUGUGAACCGGAGCGUUCUGGAGACGGAGGACUGGAUGAGGUGCAGAUGCACCUCGCCUGUUUACCGGAGAGAUACAUGAGAGCGAAGUUCUCCCUCUCCGCGUACAUAUUUUGUUGGACAGUAGUAAAGUUGUGUCAGAGAUUAAGACCGUCGCCAGUUCUUCCCCAGGCCCCAGCUUUAGAGGAUUCUGGAAGUGAGGCAGCCUGUCUGGAUGAUGGGGAGUCUCCGCGGGAGGAGCAUGGAGAGCAACAGGACCACCAGGAAUGGUGUGAGCCAGUUUCUGAAGCAGCACAGGACACAAAAGAGAAAUAUUUUGACACACACUCACUGUACAGUGACACUUUCUCUGGCUUGAGUCAUGAAACUGAGGACUGCUGCAGGACACCGCUCAACUCUGUGGGUCAUCUGGACUUACACUCAUCUUCGGUUAGAAGGAGAGAUCCCUCUUCUUCGAAUCAGGCUGACAGUCUCAGUAGAACAGAGGACCGAGAACAAUUGCAAAAGCAGACUGAAAAUAUGGGGAUCAUGUACAUGGGAGUUGAUGGCACUGGAAUGUCUGAAGCUAAGGGUGCUCCGGAAUGUGAGGAGGUUUUCGGCAAUUUUCCAGCGGGACCUGGAGUUGAUUCUUCUUCAAGGAAUGACCAAUCCUACAUCGUAACACCCCUACUGGCCUUAGAGAACGCUGUAGAACCACAAGCACUCACUGAGCCAUGUGCUAAUGACUCAUUAUUGACCUUAACAGACUGUGAUGGAGCCAAGUCUCAGUUUGCUGACACUUUUGAGGGAAGAUCGAAAUGGGAUCAAAUUAACAAAAAUAUCACAGACACUCAGUCAGGACACAAUGAGCCACGGAUACAGUUCAUAACCUCAAGUGAGAAGAAAUUACAGAAAAAUGAUAUUGACAGUAGUAACACUGAAGUACAGUUGAUUUCGAAUGCAUCUAUUGCAAAUCUUUCUGUAUACGAGUCUGUAUCAGUUGAGAAGCCUAUUGAACAGGAAUUUGAGGAGUCAACAAAACCCAGCCAACCACAGCCCUCAGUAGAGCACAGCCAAUCACAACCCUCAUUAGAUCACAGCACAUCACAGCCCUCUGUAGAGCACAGCCAAUCACAGCCCUCAGUAGAGCACAGCCAAUCACAACCCUCAUUAGAUCACAGAACAUCACAGCCCUCUGUAGAGCACAGCCAAUCACAGCCCCUAAUAGAGCACAGCAAAUCACAGGCGUCAACAGAACAUAACCAAACACAGGAUUCUGUAGAAUGCAGCCAAUCACGGAAUUCAGCAGAACACAGCCAAUCACAGUCCCCAACAGUAGACAGGCCAUCACAAGGUUUUUUUGAACACAGCCAAUCACAGAAUUCAGUAGAACACAGGCAAUUACUAGACUCAAUAGAACACAGUCAGUCACAGGAUUCAGUAGAAUGUAGGCAAUCACAGAAUUUAGUAGAAGACAGCCAAUCACAAGACUCAGUAGAACAUAGUCACUUAAAAGAUUUUGUAGAAUGCAGUCAAUCACUGUAUUCAGUAGAACACAGGCACUCACAAGACUCAACAGAACACAGCCAGUCACAGAGUUCAGAAGACGUGCUAUCCCAAAAUUUCAUCAAACAAAGCCAAUCACAGACUCCAGUAGAACACACCAAAUCACAGGAUUCUGUAAAAUGCAGUCAAUCACAGAAUUCAGUAGAACCCAACCAAUCACAGGACUCAGUAGAAUACAGCCAGUCACAGAGCUCAGUAGAAGACAUGCUAUCCCAAAAUGUAAUCAACAACAACAAAUCACAAGACCCACUGGCCUCUCUACAAUUCACCCAGUCACAGGAUUCUGUAGAACUUAGCCCAUCAAAUGAUUCUGUAGAAUGCAUCCAAUCACAGGAUUCAUUAGAAAACAGUCAGUCACAUACUACAUCAGAACACACUCAGUUACAGUAUUCUAUAGAAUGUAGCCAAUCACAAAAUUCCAUACAAAACAGAAAAUCACAGGAUUUAACAGAGCAAAACCAAUUACAGAACACCAUAGUGUACAGCCAAUCACAAACUCCAGUGGAACAUGGCCAAUCAAAAACUCCUUUGGAACACAGCCAAUCACAAGCUUCAGUGGAACACAGCCAAUCACAAACUUCAGUGGAACACAGCCAAUCACAGCUUGAUUCCAUUAAGGCAAAUUCUAUGAACACCCGGUGGACUGUGACAGAGUACGACUCUGGUUUAAUUUCAAACACAGCGGCUCUUUAUGAAAAGGGACAAUUAGAACAGGACUGUGUGGACGCAUGCAUAAAUUGUGAAGUCAGUCAAUCAUUGAAAACAUCUGGAAGGCUUUCAUUAUACGAUAGUGACAGAGAACUCGAUUUGAACUUUGAAAAGAAUAACAGUCCAAAUUUUAAAAAGCAGAAUUUAAAUGACACCCCACCUGUUGUUUCUGAAUGCGAGUCUUUUGCAGCUGAGAGAGCUUUCUCAAAUGUGCCUAAUACAACUUCUGCUGGAGUGUCAGAUUCCCUGAAUCAGCAUGUGAUCAAUGACCGGACCUCCGAACAAUCAGAUCUGCAGACCAGACCUCAUUACGGUCAACAGAAUUUCCCAGUUUUACAAAUGCACACUGAAAAAAAGGAUUACUCAGAUAGUAGUUAUCACAUGGACAGUCAUUGCUUAGAGGACAUUGUUUCAGAGGAACAUGAGCCUGAGGCAGAUUUUUAUGAAACUAGCAUAAUUAACUUUAACACACAGAGUAAAUUCACUGAAGCACAAGUGUAUGUUAAGAGUAAAACUUUUGAAACCAAUGAUGGUGACAUUUUAGAAGGAACGAUGAAGAAUAGCAAAACACGUCACAUUAUUAAAGGGUACCAGAAAGAAUGCACAAUAGUUCCCUCGAUAGAACAGUCAGUAAUUUACUCUGAUAGUUCGGGAUGCAUAGAAUACACUAGGCCUAAGUCACCAAGUGUCGUGUGUCCUGACAUUAAGACAGCUGAAUCUGAAGGGUGUCCUGUAGACAGUCCUGUCGAAUCUCUGGCUAGUCUGUUUGAGAUUUCGGAUGACAAAUCUCAAGUUAGCCCCACAGAUGUUUGCCUUGGGCUCAGUGAUGGCCUUCAUAUGAACUGUAAACAAGUAGCACAUCGCGUUAUAGAAUAUAAAGAGACCUCCAAACAAUUUAAUCGACCUGACACCCUGUCUGACAAACAAGCAAGACAAAACAAGUCAGUUGAAACAAUUGAGCCAGUUGUUGAUAUUUUGUCUAGUGCAUGCACUGAUCCUUUCACAAAUACCCAAUCCCCUUUUGAUUAUUCCCAGCUGAACAGUAGAAACAAUGAAUACAGCUCAGACACAAAUAAUAAUAUUAAAGCCAUUCAUUUUGAAGAGUGUGCCUCAGGUGAACAGAUCUCUUUGCCUAAUUCUUUGCAAAAAUACAGCAGGUUUAGUAUCAAUGCUGGAUCUUUAGUCUCAAAAGGUGGUGAUCGCAAAGACAAUGCCCUUCCUUUUCAGGCUACUCCCUUUAAAGUACCUGAAAUGAAGUCUGCAAUUGACAGAAAAGAUAAUGUUGCUAGACCCUCUGCAUUCAACGGAUUCAGCAGCCAUAGAGAUCCUAUACUAAAGCAGCUCUGUGAUUGCUGUGGUGGAAAGGAGUGCCAGCUGCACUCAUCUGCAGUGGAAGGAGACCAGACAGCAGGAGGAUUUCAGUUCAAGGGCACAGACGGCAUCAGUCAGAGCAGAUCUGCAGUGUUGCAAACCUCGAGUCCCUCACACACAGAUGACAAAUGCAACACACACGGAGAGGUUAAUGCAGACUCUACAAACUGUGAAUUUUCACAUAUUGGCCAUUUGCUUGCACACAAACAUCCGGAGCCCGUCCAAGAGAAAAACAUAUUACCACUGAGUGGCUCACUUAAGGUCGAUGAUACUUAUUCAUCGGAAAACAUGGAGAGAAAGCUUGAAACUUUCACGGCUAGCUCUCCUGAAAGCACUGAUUCAACACGUGAAACUUCUGAUCCUCUUUGUAAGCGAUCCUUGCAACUGUGCAACGCUGAGAUCGAAGGCGCAUUUGUUACAUGUUGCCGUAUUUUACCCAUCACUAAUUUAGAGGCCAUUUUAGAGUCAGACCGUUCACCAGAGAGCUCAUUUGUGAUCGAAAAUGGACUGGGGGAGCAACAGGAAGCAAGUCCAUCAUCAGAAGGUGGAUUUAGUGAGGAAUGGGGCUCUUGUGAUGACAUCACAAACCGCCCACAUGCGAACAUUUCUGCCAUGUGUACAAAAGCCAACAUAGCCACUGUCAUGAAUGAACAAUAUGCUGGAGAAACAAUUAGCUCUUUAUCAAAUGGUUUUGAUAGCAGUGAUGGUAAUAGUGUUUCCAGUUUUGUGUCACAAGACCUUGACUCCAGUACCAACAGUGAAGAGACAGAGGACAGCACUCAGUCAACAUCUAGUCUUCGCAGCUCGGCAAGAAAUAAGAGAACCCAGUCAGGAAAGGGAUCUGUGUUUUCCGUUUUUUCUCGAAUGCCCUCAUUCCGUAAGAUUAAACGAGAACACAAAGCCAAUAGCAAGGUUGAUCCAGAAAUUAAGGAAACCAAUGAGGAAGGAGAUGAACAGGGUGAGUUCAAAAGGUUGCCCACACAUAACAAUUCCAUCCCUUCACUGUACAAGACCUCUAUUUCUCAAAGUACAGAUCAUCUUACAGACAUUACAGAGUUUGUUGACAACUCCAAUGAUGAUAUUUUUGAAAAAGCGUUUGCUUUAAAUAUGCAGAAUAGAGACAAACAGACACAAUCCCAAAAGUUGUAUCAGCAGCACAAAGAUGGAGAUGCACUGAAUUUUAGAGUCUCCGCAAUGCCAGAGGGAUUGCAACAAAAAAGAAGCAAGAGUACCGAUAACUUAAACUUGCGCAUGAAGCUGGCAAUGGCUCACAAGUCCCUGUCUAGCCUGUUUGAGUCCAGAUAUCCUGAGAGGGACAACCAGGAGCAGAUUGCACAGCCAGAAAACGAGGAGGUAAAAACCAAGCAGUCCUGGAGGAAGUCGAAACGGUCUAAGGAAGCGGAACUUUUCAAAAGAACUCUAUCGGUUCCGGGGAUGGUCUGUGACAGGUCCAUACAUCAGAGCCAUAUCGAUUGUGCCUUCUGUGCUCCUCAGAACAGGUCCAGACUCAAUAGCUCACCAGCUUCCCAAAAGAGUUUGAGGAACACGUGUCAUUCUGAUUCACAGAGUUUGAAAUCUGGUCCUCAGGAACAGUCUGAAGACAGAAAAUAUAUAGAAGGAGGUGAGCUGCCUUGUGCUCCUUACUCAGAUUCUGACCAGAUCUCAGAAGAUGGCUUCGAGUCCAUUGUAGAGGAUAGGUCGCAAUCACCCGUACACCCAACUGUUUUUGCACUUGUAAACCAGAUGUCACCUACCUGGACCAGAUCUUUAAGCUGUUUUGAGACCACUGAUACACCAACGAGGCCCAUGAGCCCUAAACCUCACAGUCCUGGCCUGGGCUGGACACAACGGAGAAGCUUCCGUUAUCCCUCGAGAUCUGUUGCAUCUUCUCUUUGCUCGCUCGGUCAAGGAGUGAGCACUGACGGUAUCUCCGAUCCACCUCAGAGACCGACGUCUCUGAAACCAAGGACAGCGCAACUCACAACAACCCACUCUUUUGAUUCUGAAUCCUUACUAGAGGACAGCAGUUCAGACAGCCAGUCGCAAAAUAGCCUGAAUUCUGCAUCCCUGAACAACAAACCAGAGCAUGUACAGCACAGUACUGAGCCAGCCAUCCAGUCAGAAGAGAGAAGACAACAGGGAAGUGCAUGUGUGCUUCGGAUGAAGUCCAGACAGCAGGGUAAAGCUGCACCCAGACCCAUCUCAGACCUCUACGGCUGGACCGUGUCUCUUCAGGGCAUCAGGGAGGUGGCGCUUGAUCUGGAGAGGAAGAGCAAUCCGACCGAAACACGUCGGCGUUCAUGCUCAUGUGAAACAUUGACUGAUGUGGAGAACAUCCAUAGAAAGACGCUUAACAUGCGGCGAAGUUUGCGUCAGCUUAGCACACCAACAUCUCAGAAGCACGAGAAAGUGCGCGCUAGACUUUCCCUCACUUCUCCAGAGCAGUUCCCCUCUGUUCCUCUCAAAGACCACUUUUUCUCCCAGAGCACACCUGUUGGACUGGAUUUUUUGGGCUGGCCUCACUGUGCAUCAUUUUCAGAAUUGAAUCUCAGCACACCAGCACAAGAGGAACGUGGACAGGUCCCCCCUCUGGCCUUGGUGAUAACUGAUGGACCGCAGGAUAAGUCUGGCCUUGCGGAUGAGGUGGGGAGUGAAGAUGACCUGUACAAUGAGUUUCGCAGCUCCUCCAACCGAUUCGGACAUCCAGGAGGAGGAGGAGAACAGCUGGCCAUAAAUGAGCUGAUCAGUGAUGGCAGCGUGUGUGCGGAGGCUCUAUGGGACCACGUCACCAUGGACGACCAGGAGCUGGGCUUCAAAGCUGGAGAUGUCAUUGAAGUAGUGGACGCCACAAACAAGGAGUGGUGGUGGGGCCGGGUGCUGGACAGCGAGGGCUGGUUCCCCGCCAGCUUUGUUCGGUUACGGGUGAACCAAGAUGAACCCAUGGAGGAAUACUUAGCCCAUCUGGACGGGGCCUCAGAGGGGGGUGGGGCCAGCAUGGGGGGUCCCUUAGGGCCCGGUCUGCCCUGCAAGGAACAGAUGAGAGCCAACGUCAUCAAUGAGAUCAUGAGCACAGAGAGGGAUUACAUCAAACACCUGAAGGACAUCUGUGAGGGUUAUAUAAAACAGUGUCGGAAGAGGACAGAUAUGUUUACCGAGGAACAACUGCGCACUAUCUUUGGAAACAUCGAUGAGCUCUACCGUUUUCAGAAGAAGUUCCUCAAAGCAUUGGAGAAGAAAUUCAACAAAGACCAUCCUCACCUCAGCGAGAUUGGCUCCUGCUUCUUAGAGCACCAAACAAACUUUCAGAUCUACUCUGAAUAUUGCAACAACCACCCCAAUGCCUGCGUGCAGCUCUCCAAACUGAUGAAGAUCAAGAAGUAUGUGUUCUUCUUUGAGGCCUGUCGUCUGCUCCAGAAGAUGAUCGACAUUUCCUUGGAUGGAUUCCUGCUUACUCCUGUUCAGAAGAUCUGCAAGUAUCCUCUGCAGCUGGCUGAACUGCUGAAGUACACCAACCCACAGCACAGAGAUUAUAAGGACGUGGAAGCUGCUUUAAAUGCAAUGAAAAAUGUGGCCCGACUGAUCAAUGAGAGAAAACGGCGUCUAGAGAAUAUUGACAAAAUUGCUCAGUGGCAAAGCUCCAUAGAAGACUGGGAGGGUGAAGACAUCUUGAGCAGAAGCUCUGAUCUGAUUUUCUCAGGAGACCUGACAAAGAUCUCCCAGCCACAGGCCAAAGGCCAGCAGCGAAUGUUCUUUCUCUUUGACCACCAACUGGUUUUCUGUAAGAAGGAUCUGCUUCGGAGGGACAUCCUGUACUAUAAGGGUCGGUUAGACAUGGAUCAAAUGCAAGUUGUGGAUGUGGAGGACGGGAAAGAUAAGGACUUUAACAUGAGUGUGAAGAAUGCCUUGAAAUUAUGUUCUCCUGGGGGAGAGGAGGUCCACCUUCUGUGUGCCAAGAAACCUGAGCAGAAGCAGCGCUGGCUGCGAGCCUUUGCGGAUGAACGGGAACAGGUCCAGCACGACCUCGAAACAGGUUUUACGAUCACAGAGGUCCAGAAGAAGCAGGCCAUGCUGAAUGCAUCUAAAAGUCACCCAACAGGGAAGCCCAAAGCUGUGACCAAGCCCUACUACGACUUCCUGCUGCGUCAGAAGCACCCCACUCUUCCCACCUCCCUGCCCCAGCAGCAGGUCAUCAUGUUGGCCGAGCCCAAACGCAAGACCUCCAACUUCUGGCACAACAUCGGACGCUUGACACCGUUCAAAAAAUGAGAGACUCGGUACAUUCGCAGGUGCGCCUGAACUCCUGUUUUUAUCCCAGUGUAACACGUUUAUUUUUAUUGUCUGAUUGCGAAAGCACUUUAUGGGUUGGUUACAAUCACGGCAUCGCUCCCAGAGGUUGUGGAACAUCGUGGGAGGGCGUUCCCGCUAUUUUGUUAUUAUUAUUAACGUUGAAAAAAAGACGGCUACUACUGCUCAACCGCUCCACUCUCCGGCACUAACACGACUACUGCUGCAAGUCAUCGUACGGACACGCUUCAUCGAAAGAGCCCUGCUUGAAGAGAGGACUUCUUUAUUUGUUGGUUAAUUUAUUUUCAAGUUUUCAAUGUAUGCCAGCUAUCCACAGUGCCCAACUACUAGCUUUUAUAUGUAAUUUGAUACUUUUGUGUAACCCAUGAUGAUGUUUGAAGUUUCAAAGGUUUCCGCACAAGAUAAAAGUAGACCGUGUUGAGAUUUAUUACUGUAUUAACUUCCCGGAGGUCCGUCGAUAUCAUGUCAGUCUGUGUAUGCAACUAUCAACUCCUCCCAACUUUCUCCUCAUGAAGCCUCUCAAAUGAAACGUAGACGGUGUCCCUUCGGUACUCACCGUUUCAGACGAGUGUUUCAUGUUUGUGCUCAUUUGAUUCUGCUGCCUAAUGACUCCUCUGUAACCCACUUCUCUCUGAAGUGCCAUUCCAAACGUAAGCCACAUAUUGUGAUGGGGGUUGCAUGAACUUGCUGUGAAACUCGACAUUUUCAACCCAAAUAAAAUUGUCAAUAUUCUGUCAUUCUGAUAGAUAAUGGUACUAUUAAAUUAAAUAAUAAUGUCUGACAGUUGUCAAAUAUGUAUGAUAAUCUUUGACUACAGAAAAGCGUAUGUUAAUAAAAAGCAUUUGUAAGUGUUAUGAAUCUG